AUGAUGUCUACUAGUGGAGACGGUGCUAAGUACCUAUGUGUGCCGCCCGACCCGGGCAUUAGGACUAGUGCGUCUGCCGCUCCUAGUACUCGCGUGUCUGCUACCCCAGGUGCUGGUGAGGCAGCUGCUCUAGGUGCUUGUGCGUCUGCCCCCCCUAGUACUGAGUCGACGGCAGCACUGCACAGCUUCACACUAGACUCAGGUGCUUCUCGCUGCUUCUUUCGUGACCGCACUGCCCUUGAGCCGCUUGCUCGGCCAGUUGCUGUCUCCCUCGCUGACCCCUCUGGGGGUCCGGUCAUUGCGACCUCCUCCACUGUCCUUCCUGUCCUGCGGUCCCGUCGAGCACACUGUCAGCUGUCUGCCCCCUGCUCGUGUCGCUCUCUGGCGCACGAGACUGUCCUCUGGCACCACCGACUUGGCCACCCGUCUGUGCAGCGCCUUCGUGCCAUGCACUCCCGGUACCUUGUCUCCGGUCUUCCCAGAGUCCUCCCUCCCCUCCCACCCUCGCCUGCUCCUCCCUGUCUUCCCUGCGUUGAGGGGCGGCAGCGCGCCGCUCCUCACUCCUCCUCGUUUCCCCCGACGACUGCUCCCUUGCAGACGCUCCACAUGGACGUGUGGGGCCCAGCCCGCGUCCGUGGUUAG